UCUACGCCUCUCUGCUCUGACCAGGACGUCAGAGGGAAUUUCCAGUGGGGAAGGAAAUCAAACUUUUUUUAAAUUUUUAUUUUAGCGGAGAUUAAAGUCGGUGUCACCUGCGGGGUUCUGCGGGGGACUGACGCCUCCUGGGUCGGAUUAAACCCGUUCCUCCGCUCGCAGGUCGUGGAUGGACCGUGUCGGGGUCACGCUGUAAAUGGACCCAGUGGUUCGGCGUGGACAUGGCUGUGUGAUUCACUUCAACUCCGUUUUAUUUAUAUAGCGUCAAUAACAAUACAAAUCGUCUCGAGACGCUUCACAAAAACCGGCCUGAAACCUCCAGAACAAACCUGAAGGCGACGGCGGCCAGAAAAACUCCCUUUAACAGGAAGAACCCGCGAGCAGAACCAGCUCCUAUGGAGGGACCCACAGAGUUGUGAAGUCAACUCUUAGUUCCUGAGAGAGAACACGAGUUUUCACACGACUUUUCAGGAUCCAUCAUGGCUGGAGACGACUCGUACCUUCACGCCACCAACCCGAUCUUCGACAUGAUCCACGAUCCGACGUGGGACUUCGGUCAUUUCACAGCGAUGGGUCCAACGACUCCCCUGAGGACAGGUGAGGGUCCAGCAGUGGACGGGCCGUACCUGGAGAUCGUGGAGCAGCCCAAACAGCGUGGCUUCAGGUUCAGGUACGGCUGUGAGGGUCCGUCUCAUGGAGGUUUACCUGGAGCGUCCAGCGAGAAGAACAGGAAGACCUACCCCACGGUCAAGGUGUGUAACUACCAGGGUCAGGCCCGGGUGGUGGUCCAGCUGGUGACGGCGCUGACCUCCACCCCUCAUCUCCACGCUCACAGUCUGGUGGGGAAGCAGUGCGACAAAGGCAUCUGCAUCGCUGACCUCCAGUCCAAGGACUCCACCAUCAGCUUCCCAAACCUGGGCAUCCUCCACGUGACCAAGAAGAACGUGGCCAAGACUCUGGAGGAGCGGAUGGUGGAGGCUUUCAGGAUGGGAUACAACUGUGGGGUCUCCAUCCACCCCGAGAUCGACGCCCUGCAGGGGGAGGUCCGAGUCCCCCGAGAGCUCACGGACCACCAGCGCGGCGUCAUCAGCAACGCGGCGUCUCUUCAGGCCAAAGAGAUGGACCUCAGCGUGGUGCGCCUCAUGUUCACGGCGUUUCUCCCCGACAGCGACGGCGGCUUCUCCCGGCGGCUGGAACCCGUGGUGUCCGAGCCGAUCUACGACAGCAAGGCUCCGAACGCCUCCAACCUGAAGAUCGUGAGGAUGGACCGAACCGCCGGGUGUGUGACGGGAGGAGAGGAGGUCUACCUGCUCUGUGACAAAGUCCAGAAAGACGACAUCCAGGUUCGGUUCUACGAGGAGGACGACUCGGGUUUGACCUGGGAGGCUCUGGGAGAUUUCUCCCCCACAGACGUCCACAGACAGUUUGCCAUCGUCUUCAAGACUCCGAAGUAUCGAGACCAGAACCUGCAGAGGCCGACGUCCGUGUUCGUGCAGCUAAAGAGGAAGUCAGACAACGAGACCAGUGAACCCAAACCCUUCACCUACCACCCUCAGAUCAUAGACAAAGAGGAGGUGCAGAGGAAGAGACAGAAGACGCUGCCAAACUUCCAUGACUUCAGUGGCCAUGGAGGAGGAGGAGGAGGCCUGUACCGAGGAGGAGGAGGUGGAGGAGGAGGCCCAGCUGCAGGAGGAGGACCUGGAUCAGGAGGAGGAGGAUAUUUCCAGGGCUUCUCCACCUAUAACUAUGGAGGAGCAGGAGCAGGAGGAGGAGCUUUCUCUUCAGCGUACUCAGCUGGUCUGGGAGGAGGAGGAGGAGGAGGAGGAGGAGGAGGCGGAGGAGGCAUCAAACAUGCUUCUCAGAGUGACGACGAAGACGAUGACAGCGGCCCAGACGACGAUGAGACGGGGGCCCAGAGAGGAGGCCUGGAGGCGGAGGAGACGAAUGAGGAGGGGGGGGUCAGUGUGGAGCAGGAGGACACAGUGUGCGACGCUGAGCAGCGAUUGGUCCAGGUGACCAGUCGACAGUUGGAGGCUCUGUUCCGCUACUCUGUUACAGGUGACUCGGCCUAUCUGCUGGCUCCACAGCGCCCCCUGAUGACGGCACAGGAUGAGGACGGAGACACGGGCCUCCACCUGGCAGUCCUCCACAAACAGCAGGGGGCGCUCAAGAGUCUCACCCAAGUGGUGUCUGCUCUGUCCGGAGAGGAGGUGCUGAACAUGAGGAAUCACCUGUACCAGACUCCUCUGCACCUAGCGGUCAUCACACAGCAGAAGGAGGCGGUGGAAGCGUUGCUAAUGGCCGGCGCCGACCCGACUCUGACGGAUCGCCACGGCAACACGGUGCUCCACCUGGCGUCGCGGCAGGAAGGGGGCGGGGCUAUGGUCCGGUUUCUGCUGCGACACCGAGCGCUGACGGACUUGCUGGACCAAACCAACACAGCCGGCCUGUGUGCCGUCCACCUGGCCGUCCUGGCCAAUCAGCUGUCUUCCCUCAGGGAGCUGCUGGAGGGCGGGGCCAACGUGGAGACGCAGGAGCGAAGCUGCGGACGGACGGCGCUGCACCUGGCGACCGAGAACGACAACGUGUCGCUGGCCGGCUGCCUUCUGCUGGAGGGAAACGCCAAGGUGGAUGCCUGCACCUUUAAUGGCUCCACCCCCCUCCACAUCGCCGUAGGGCGGGGCUCGGUGAAGCUCACAGCGCUCCUCAUGGCCGCAGGUGCAGACCCUCAGAAGGAGAACUACGAGCCGCUCUUCUUCAGAGACGACGACGUCUGUGAGGAAGACGAGGAGGAGGAAGACGAAGGUUACACACCUGGAACAACUCCUCUCAACAUGGCUGCCAGCGCUGAGGUGCUGGAGCUCCUCCGCGGUAAAGAGUACGAACCAAAGCGUCCUGUCAGAGCCUUCGUCCCUCCCCAGGGCGACCUGUCCGGUCUGGACUCUGAGGUGAAGCUGGCCCUGUGUGCUGCCCUGGAGAGUGAAGGAUUCUGGGAGAGUCUGGCUCAUGGUCUGGGUCUGGGAAUCCUGAACUCGGCCUUCAGGCUGAGCCCGACCCCGGCCCGGUCCCUACUGGACAGCUACGAGGUCUCUGGGGGGACGGUCCGGGACCUCCUGGCUGCCCUGAGGUUGGUGAAGGGGUGCAAAGCUCUGAGCGUCCUGGAGGGGGCGCUGCAUCACAACCAGGACACCAUGACUACUGCGGAGUGUCCGGCCCAGGACCCGAAGGGGGACGUUCGGGUCGACAGCGGGGUCUGUGACAGCGGGGUGGAGCUUUCCACGGCGUAGCCUUCUGAUUGGUCUGAGCUGAAGGAGGAGCAACUGAAUCCAGGCUCGGGACGUCCUGAAGACUCUGGACCUGUCUGCAUGUUUUAACUCUGAUUAUUUUAAAAUAUUUUUUUAUUACUUUCUUCGUCCGUGUCUUUUCCUGGAAGCAUCACCAGAGAAUCCUGACGCAAGGCAUUGUGGGAAAGGUAGUCCAGAUGAUAUUUAUAUCUUCACCAUGAGCUUCAGACUGGUUGUAUGAUUAUUUUUUAAUAAAGUUUGUUUUUUAUAGAAAACUA